UGCAAAGGGGGUGUGGGAUACAUCAGAAAAUAUUUAGGGGGGGAAUGAAGAGGUACAAUUAAAAGAUUAGUUACCAGAAGUUUUAAAUGAAAGUAAAUGUUACGUUUUAGGACUGGGGGGAACGUUUCCCCAGCAUUAAGUAAAACUUUAAAUCAAAGCGUUUUAAGGAUAUAUUAUCCUUGAUCGUUAUAACGCGGAACAGUUUUCACCUCAUACUGGCAGCUACACGAACCGCACCCGUACACUUCCGUUUCUAGCACUGUCAAAACGAAACUAUAUUUCGUUACAUAAAGGACGAACUGUUCUGUUCUGAUACCAUUUCAGUUGGAGUCCAAGUUCUGUUAAUGCAGUGUUUAGACCAUGGAAGCUGACUCGCGGAAGCCCCUGGAGGUGGCAGCUCUCGGAAGACCCUUCCAGCUGGGGAUGCUGUAUGAUUGCCGUAAUGAUUGUCUCAUUCCAGGAAUUACAAUGUGGGAUCUUGAAGACCUUAAAAAGGACUCCGAUGAAAGAAUUCAGCUGAACACGGAAUUUGAUGUCGUUGCAUCUGAUUCUGUAGAGGAUAAGGCAUGUGCUCUGGAUGUUGAUGCUUCACUAAAAGCGAGUUUCGUAGGGGGACUGGUUGAAGUAGGUGGAUCUGCCAAGUAUCUUAAGGACACAAAGGCUUCAAAAAAACAGGCACGUGUCACCCUGAAGUAUAAAACAACUACAAAUUUCAUGCAGCUGUCUAUGAGUCACCUUGGACGAGGAAAUGUUAAACACCCAUAUGUGUUUGAGAAGGGAAUAGCGACACACGUGGUAACAGCAGUGCUGUACGGUGCUCAGGCAUUUUUCGUAUUUGAUCGAGAAGUUUCAGAAACUGAGAACCAGCAAAACAUUGAGGGGAACCUGCAUGUGAUGAUAAAGAAAAUACCAAAAUUGUCAGUCGAAGGGGAGGCUUCCUUAAAGCUGACAGACACUGACAGAGCUACUGAGGAAAAGUUGUCUUGUAAAUUCUAUGGGGAUUUCGCUCUCAAACAGACCCCUGUUUCCUUCCAGGAUGCUGUAAAAAUAUACACAACACUUCCAGGUCUGCUGGGUGAAAAGGGGGAAAACGCUGUGCCAGUCAGGGUGUGGUUACUCCCCCUGGAAAUCUUAGAUUCUUCUGCUGCCAGAUUAGUGCGUCAAAUCAGUGUCAGAUUAAUAAAUGAAACACAGAGCUUGAUAGAGGACUUCAGUGAAAUAGAAAUGCAAUGCAAUGAUAUUAUGAAGAGAAAGGUUCUUUCAUACUUUCCUGAGAUUGGAAGAAAGGUAAAAUCCUUCAAGGACAUGUGCUUGGAGUACAAAUCAGUGUUUCAGAGAUCUUUGUCAAGCAUUUUACCAUCAAUUCGUGGAGGUGGAACAGAGGAAUGUGUGCUUGCAAACAUCCUAACAAAGAAGGAACAGUCUCCUUUCAAUAGCAAUAAACUUAAGGAAUGGCUGGACUGCAAAGAGCAAGAAAUCAACCUGCUCCAAACAUACACUGAUAUGAUGGAAGACACAAAAAUUCUGGCAUCAAAGAGUGAGCUUCAAAGUGAAAUCUUGAAAAAUAGAGAUAAGCAUGUAGUGUGUUUUGCAUUAACAUCACUGGGUGAGAAGGAGCCAUAUCUGCCCUGCUUACGGAGUCAUUUAAAGGCUCUUUCAACUGCUAAGCUAACAGAACCAACAGAAGAAGAUGGGAAGGAUGUCGAGCCGAGUGAGUUUUACCUCUCAGAUGCAGUGUCAGAAAAAAUGAAAGAACAAGUAUUUCUCUUCAUGGAUUUCGCAAAAGCAAAUAAGGAGAACAAGGAAACACACUUUAUAUCAGCAUCCAUACCUAACGAUAAGUACAAAGGGGCAAGUAUUUACCUUUACACAGAUGGGAUGAAACAAAGUGACCAUUUUGAGCCUCCAUCAAAACCAGGAAGACCAAAUCCAUCUGACAUCACUCAUGACAGUGUGACAAUAAAGCUGAAUCAUCCCCAGUAUGGAUCCAGUGAAAUCACACACUACCUGGUUGAAUACUGUGCUAAUGAGUCAGAUGACUGGCAAUUUUUUGAGGUUUCCAAAUCUAACCUGGAAUGUACUGUGUCUGGACUGCUUCCCCACACAGGCUACAGGUUCAGAUACAAGGCAGUGUGUCCAGCAGGUGUCAGUCUAACCAGUGAAGCUGAGAGCAUUAAAACUUUGCCCACAAGUCCUCCUGGGAAGCCAAAACAAACAUAUGUAGGCUCAGAAGACAUUGUAGUUUCUUGGACAAAACCUGAUUCAAUUGGCCAUGGUGUCAACAUUGAAGACUAUGCUGUUGAAUACAGAACUGAAACAAAUGAAAAUAAUACAGACUGGAAAAAAAAGACUAGUAAAGGUGAGGUCUAUAAAAUGACUGGGUUACAGCCAGGUACAGCAUAUGAUAUUAGAAUUACAUGCAACUGUGGUGAAUCUGGUCAAAGCAAAGAAAGUCUGACAGUCUCAAUUUCAACAUCGUCAGAAACCACAAUAGUAGCUGAACAGAUAAAACAAAGGAGUGAAUGUCUUAGCCAAGGGGUCCCCUCUGUGUACAAGGUUCCCCUGCAGGAGAUACCCACAAACUUACAUGGAUGCAAGAGGUUUGCUUUUGGGAAAGAAAACAUCAGGGACCAUCGAACCAUUAUGGUCAUUGGGGCAAAUGGAGCAGGAAAAUCAACCCUAAUAAACGGAAUGAUCAACUAUAUUCUGGGUGUUAAGUGGGAAGACGAUUUCCGAUUCAAAUUAAUUGAUGAGGGGACUUCAAAAGCAGAGAGUCAAUCAUCCGUUGUCACUGCCUAUGAAAUUAAUUAUAGCGAUGGAUAUACAAUAAGCUACUCCAUCACUAUCAUCGACACCCCAGGAUUUGAUGACGCAGGAGGAAUAGAGAGAGACAGAGAAAUCACUGAACAGAUCCGGACAUUUGUCCACUCUGACAGCGGAAUCAGUGAUAUAGAUGCCGUCUGCUUCAUAACUCAGGCCUCACUGAAACAAUUCAGAUAUGCACAGAAAUAUGUGUUUGACUCCAUCCUUUCCACUUUUGGUAAAGACAUAGGAGACAAUAUCCAGAUGCUUGUGACAUUUGCAGAUGGACAGAAGCCCCCAGUCCUAGAGGCCAUAAACAUGUCUGGUGUUCCUUGCCCUAAAACAGAAAAAGGGAUUCCUGUUCACUUCAAAUUCAACAAUUCAGCACUGUUUGCAGACAAUGCUGCUUCUGUCAAAAUGAAAAACAGUGAUGAUGAGAAUGAGGAAGACGGUGAUGACAACUUUGACAAGAUGUUCUGGAGGAUGGAUGUGAAGAGCAUGAAGAAGUUUUUUGUUGCCUUAACUUGUAUGAAAACCAAGAACUUGAGGCUAACUAGGGAAGCCUUAGAACGCGAAAGGUCAGAAAAUGACGUCAGAGCUCUACUAACACAGGUCCAGGCUGUUGCAGAAGAACUGGACAAAAAGAUGAAGAUGUUUCCGAAGUUGUAUUAAGACGCAUUUACAGGUGGUCACGUAAUUGGCCACGUUGCCCACGUAGCAUGGAAUUAAAGAAAAUUUUUGAAUGUCCUCCGGUUACUUUAAUGAUCUGGGAAGUUGUGAUUUCUCAACACCAUUAUUCACGGCUCGGUGGAGUACCUCCAACCCCACCUAGCAGACAUACAUAUGUGGUGAUUGAGGUAUGGAUACAUUCCAAUCCUGUGUGGACUAAUCAUCCCGAGAUUCAAAUACAUCGUCCAUGAUUCACCAAUAAUAUUACUGUGCCAAGGUUGAACUGCACAAACAUAUUUUUCACUGGUCACUUAUACAACUUGUUUGUCACAGAAAGACACCUCGUCUCUCUCAGGGGAAAGCGUUACCCAAAAUGCUUUGUAACCACAAGCGCAAGCAGCCUCCCCCGGACAACAAUUGGAGAACGAAGAGCGCAUCGCCUGAGGGGAGGGGUGAGCCUGGGCAGCUCGCCCCCUGCCCGCACGUGUACCGCUCCCAAUUUAGUAUAAAGGAAGUGAGAAAAGGCAGUACUGACCGGAGCUCAGCUGUGGGAUAGAGCGUGCAUCGCAUUUGCACCUAUUAUUAUUAGCUAUGAUAUAUCAUGCUGUUUGAUAUCACGUGUAAUGUAUGGUUAUUUUCCAUUGCUUUUGAUACAAUAUCUUGGUACUGAUUUUAAUGGAAGGUUAUUUUGUACUACUUUUAAUAAAGUGUAUCUGCAGGGACCUAA